GAAGCUUCCACUUAAGGCCUUCCUUAUUUCGGCAUUCUCUCUCUCCCUCUAUAAAAGCCUUCGCCUUCAGGCAACGAACCCCAGUUUCUCUCUCUCUCUCUCUCUCUCUCUCUCUCUCUCUCAAUAUAACCCACUUUCUCUCUCUAGCCUCCAUGGGCUUCCCAGUGGGAUACACAGAGGUCUUCUUUCCCAACAUCUUUCUCCACACACUCUCUCUUCUGGGUUUCAUCCGAAACCUCAUUUUCUCGCUCUUCUACUUUCUGGGUCUCUCCGAAUUUCUCGAAACCGACGUCGUUUGGCCAGAGACCAGGACCCGUAUGCCCGAAAACCCGCCCGUAUCGGCCCUCCUGAUCCGGGAAUUCCUGCCCGUGAUUAAGUUUCGGGACCUAGCCGGAGACCGCCCGGAAAACUGUGCCGUUUGCCUGUACGAGUUUGAGGUCGAGGAGGAGAUCAGGUGUUUGACGAAUUGCAAGCACAUUUUUCACAGGGCGUGUUUGGACCGUUGGAUGGACCAUGAUCAGAAGACGUGCCCUCUUUGUAGGACGCCCUUCGUGCCUGAUGAGAUGAGCGAUGAGUUUAAUCAACGGCUCUGGGCUGCCUCUGAGAUUCACCAUGAAUUUUACAGUGAGUACAGUUCGGUUUGAGGCUGCAGGAAUUUGUGGUUUUUUCACUUUUUUACUUUUUUUAUUCCGGUGGCAUGCUGCGGAGGCAAUGAAAUGUAUAUAUACAUGACAAAUUUGGUACCUAAAUACAUGAAAAUUUGGUGCCUUAUUUGAAGAAGAAGAAGAAGAAAAAAGAAGACAGAGAAGAGAGAAAAUUUUGGAUAAUUUCUCUUUGUUUUUGUAUAUUUUUUAUAUAUUGAAAUACAAAUGCUAUGAUUCUCCAUCU